GGUGAACGAAAGUGGAUGAAUUCUAUCCGCGUCCAUGGGACCAGUAGCUUUUUCGUCCAUCCGUUGGGUUCGGAGGGCCUCCCAUGGCCGCGGGUGUGGCAGUCCAAGCCUCUCCUCGCAACGCACACAGUCGCGGCGGGGUUGUGCCAAUCCUCACUCACUCGGAGCUCCUCUUCAUCCGCAUCCUUCACGCCAAUUCUGGUUUUGCUGUCGCAUUUAAGCUACAGCCAACGCAUUCAGUACGAGUCGAGUGUUUGUGCAGAGGAAAUGGCUAUGGCUGCUGUCUUUCACACCAGUCUGCCAGUGUACUCUGCAGUUUCUGCUUCUCAGAUAUCUUCACACCAUGGAGUAGAAUCCACUGCUGGCUCGCAGCUUGGGCCCGUCUCUUCCAGGCAUAGGACUUCUUCUAGGUCAAUCUCCAGAGCUGCGAGUCUGUCAUGUGCUUCAUCCCUCGGUGGCUCAUCGCUUGCACCAGCAUUGAAGCAAACCCGAAGAAGAAAUUCUAGUUCAUAUGGUGGAGCUGUGUCCACGCGGUGCGAGUCAUCCUCGGACGAAUCCCCUCCCGAAAAGAUCCCAUUUGGUUACACCAGGAAGGAUGUGAUACUUAUUGGAGUCGGCCUCACUGCUUUUGGCGUUGGCCUCAAGUAUGGUCUAGAGUUUUUUGGAGUGGAUCCGCUGAGAGCUGGCAACGUUGUGCAAAUAAUCAUGGUGGCGGGUCUCACAAUUGGGUGGAUUUCAAGCUACGUUUUCCGGGUGUCGAAUAAGGAUAUGACCUAUGCCAAACAGUUGAAGGAUUACGAGAACAAAGUGAUGGAGAAACGAUUGGAGGAGCUUCCAGAGGCUGAGCUCGAAACCAUGCUUGCACAAGUUGAGGAGGAAAAGAUCCGAUUGCAACAAAGUCGAGAGAAAAGGGGAUUGUUCUAGGUUUUGUUCAUCAAGUCCUCUGAGUUUUGUUACACAUGUAGUUGUUUGAUUCAAAGGUGGAAGACAAAUGUGUGGAUUGAACAAUUGACGCAGCUACGCAUAUGAAUCAUCUUUCAAUCGAACUUACAUGUAGCUUGUCUAGAUUUUUUUAAUUUCUAAUUUUUAAUCUUUUUUAGGGUUCUCAGAAGAUCAACAUCACUCAAAGUUCUCCACUUUCCAAUAUAAAUUUAUUACACAUCAUACCAUCA